CCCAGGCUGGAAUUUAGUGGCGGGAUCUCGGCUCACUGCAACCUCUGCCUCCUGGGUCCAAGCAAUUCUCCUGCCUCAGCCUCUCAAGUAGCUGAGAUUACAGGUGCUCACCACCAUGCCUGGUUAAUUUUUGUAUUUUUAGUAGAGAGGGGUAUUACCACCUUGGCCAGGCUGGUCUUGAACUCCUGACUUCAUGAUCCACCCACCUCGGCCUCCCAACGUGCUGUGAUUACAGGCAUGAGCCACUGCACCCAGACCCUCCUCCUUUUCUUCUUUCUCUUUCUUCUUCUUCUCCAUCUUCUUCUUUUCCAUGUGUAUAUCAGGUUUUCCUAGCACAAUUUAUUGAAAAGACUUAUUCCCAAUUAUAUUACAUUAGCACCCAUGUCAAAAGUCAAUGAGCAAUAAAUAUCAGGGUCUAUUUUUUGGCAGCCAAUUCUGUUCAAUUGAUGUAUAUGUCUUUUCUUAUGCCAGUGUCACACUCUUGACUGCAGUAGCUUUGAAGAAAUGUUAAAAUUGGGAAGUGUGAGUCCUUCAACUUUGUUCUUUUUCAAGAUUCUUUUGGCUAUUCUGGAUGCAAAGAAUUUUAAUAUGAAUUUUAGGGUCAACUUGUCAAUAUCUGCAGAAAGUUUCUCCAAGAUUUGUUAAGGCUCCCCAAGAUUUGUUAAGUCCCAAUUUUCUCACAAAUUUAAGAAGAUUGGUAAUUCAUGUCCUAUAGAGUAGUUGUGAAGCACCCCAAAUAUUACCCCACUUUAAAUCUUUAGAAUACUAAUUUCAAAUCCACAUUUUAUAUUGUUUAUCUCAUUUUAUAAAGUUUCAACCAAUUUUAAUUGUUAUUUUCAGAAAAAAUAUGCUUUUGCCACAUUUAUAAACCUAGCAUUGUCGUCAUCAUGCCUCUGGACUCACCAAAAACUGUGACAUCUCCUGGUUUGCACGAGGAUUAGGUUGGUGCUACUGCCAGGUACCUGUAUUAGAAUUGGAGAAUUCUGGAUGUAUAAAGGAAAAUGGUCUCAUCUGCCUUAAGGUGGGAUGUGGUUAUUCUCAGAAGUGUGAGAAGGAAGGAGUAAUUGAAAGGAAGGACGAGUAAGGAGAAAGGGGGAACCUCCUUGACUGCUGGUAGUGUGUAGAGAAUUAGAUGGAAAGUGGUUUGUCUUGAGAGGUUGGCAUCGGGAGGAUAAGGCCGAGGAGAAAAUGUGUUCUUGCUUGCUAUUCCACCUCUAGCUGGAAAGCCCCAUUAUUUGAAUGGACCAGAAUCCAGUAAUCCAGUUUGUAGGUGUCUGCUCAGCUAUCAUUUAUUCUCCUGGCUGACUCCAAAUAUAACUCAGAAUGAUGAAGAUACAAGGAAGAGUGUCUUGACCAAAGUUCAAGACUGUGAGGUUUCCUCAUUCAGUCUGUCCUCUGAACUUUUGAGGGAGUAUCCUGCUGCCACACCUAACGUAGAAAGCAGUCAUACAACAGCUUUUUCUCCUCUUCUCCUCUCCCAACUAUUUAUAGUAACUGAUGCCAGGAUUAUAGUUAUCUUAGCUCACAUUCAUUGACGGUAAAACAUUGUUGUAUGUUACCUGCAUAUGAAGUCAGCACAGUUAUUAUGAUCCUGAUUCUACAGGUGACAAAACCAAGGCACAAACAGGUUAUAUACUUUGUCAAAAUUAUAAAGGUUUAAAGGAGGGUACAUCCAGAAUUGAUCUGAGAGGGACCAUACUAUACCACGUCAACCCUCUUUUCUUCUGUUUCUUGUAUCUUUAGCUCACAUGACAUUUUCUCAAUUUGGCUGUACUUGGAGAAUCACAGAAUUAGCUUACAGCCCUCAGGACUUAAGACUCUUAAGGGCAGUGGCCUAAUUUCAUUUCUUCAAGGAAGUGCCUCCCAAAAUUCCUGUAGAUUACACUAUGGUUUCUUGUCUAUGAAUUCCUAUUGCAUUCUUUUAAGAAAUCAGCACCUGAGUCUGUAACCAAUGGAUGGGUGUUUCUGAAGGCAGAAAACUGCCUGCCUUCUGGGUUGCUGGCAUCACUGACAAUGCCAAGACAUGCCUCUUCCUCUCUGAGAUUGUUGUUACCUGGAGCAGGAGGUUCUCACUAAAGACAUGCUGACUCCCUUCUAUGGCCUUCAUGAUGUAACCACCCUACACAUUGCUGCUGUUCUGUAAUAAUAGAUUGUCAUUCAGAGACAGACAGCAGUGACUGACUCAUUCAAGUGUUGAGGAAGGGGUGACGAGAGGGAUGACCAGGCAAAGCUAAGUGUUCUUCAGCAUUUUUCUCACCUCAGAGCUCCAGUGAGACCAAACCUGGAUUGACCUGCUUUUCCCAAACCUUUAUCUCUUUGAUGGAGUCAAGAAGAUGAAAGAAGCUGUUGUCUGAAUAACCUAUUUGCCCCUCUGUGAGUUGAACUGAGUUGAAACUGCCCAUGUCUAUCCAAGAUCAGGCCAAGAUAUGAGCAAUGUCUUGAUGUCAGUGAUACAGGCCAGUGUCCUGUCCAUGAUCAGCAUCCUGAGUCUCCAUUAUUGCUUACGAGAGGCCCCAGAAACAUUCAGCUCUCCAUUAUGACACAGGCCUCCCACAGGACUUCACCGGUGACACCUUAAAACCAAAGCACCAGCAAAAAAGCAGCAGCCAGAACCACAUGGACUGGUCCACCAACUCUGACAGUGGACCCGUCACUCAGAAUUGCUUCAUCAGUCCAGAGUCUGGCAGAGAAACUGCAACCACCAGCAAGAUCCCAGCUCUUGAGCCCGUGGCUUCCUUUACAAAGGCCCAGGGUAAGAAAGGCAGUGCAGGGAACACGUGGAGUCAGUUGUCUAACAGUAACAAAGAUCUGCUCUUGGGAGGUGUGGCUCCAUCCCCAAGCAGCCAUAGCUCACCAGCCCCACCCAGCAGCUCUGCUGAGUGCAAUGGGCUUCAGCCCUUGUUGGAUCAAGAUGGAGGAGGUACAAAGGAGCCCCCAGAACCACCUACUGUGAGCAGCAAGAAAAAGUCCAGUAAAAAAGAUGUGAUAAUUCAGACCAUACCAAACCCAGACCUGGAUUGGGUCAAGAAUACCCAGAAAGCAUUUGACAAUACAGAAGGGAAAAGGGAAGGUUAUUCUGCAGAUAGUGCCCAAGAGGCAUCACCAGCCAGGCAGAACGUGAGUUCUGCCAGUAAUCCUGAAAAUGACCCAAGUCAUGUCCGGAUUACUAUCCCCAUCAAGGCACCCUCUCUGGAUCCAACCAACCAUAAGAGGAAAAAGAGACAGUCCAUUAAAGCAGUGGUGGAAAAGAUCAUCCCAGAGAAAGCCCUGGCUUCUGGACUCACUAUGAGCAGUGAAGUCGUUAACAGGAUACUUUCCAGCUCUGAGGGGAAUAAGAAGGAUCCCCGUGUCCCUAAGUUGGGUAAAAUGAUAGAGAAUGAGUCCCCCUCAGUUGGCCUUGAAACUGGUGGAAAUGCUGAGAAAGUUAUCCCAGGAGGUGUGUCUAAGCCGCGGAAGCCACCCAUGGUCAUGACACCUCCAACGUGCACAGAUCACUCUCCAUCAAGAAAGCUGCCGGAAAUCCAACAUCCAAAAUUUGCUGCAAAACGAAGGUGGACUUGCAGCAAACCGAAACCCAGCAGCAUGCUUCGAGAGGCAGUUAUGGCCACCUCUGAUAAACUGAUGCUGGAGCCCCCGUCUGCGUAUCCCAUCACCCCAUCCAGCCCUCUGUACACCAACACAGACAGUCUUACUGUGAUCACUCCAGUCAAAAAGAAGCGGGGACGACCAAAGAAGCAGCCUUUGCUCACAGUUGAGACGAUUCAUGAGGGUACUUCCACCAGCCCCGUCAGUCCCAUCAGCCGAGAGUUUCCUGGCACUAAGAAAAGAAAGCGACGCCGCAAUCUAGCGAAGUUGGCCCAGCUCGUGCCGGGAGAGGACAAACCCAUGAGUGAGAUGAAAUUUCACAAGAAAGUUGGAAAGCUCGGCGUGUUGGAUAAGAAGACCAUCAAAACUAUCAAUAAGAUGAAGACACUAAAGAGGAAAAACAUCUUGAACCAAAUCUUGUCCUGUUCCAGCAGCGUUGCUCUGAAGGCAAAAGCUCCCCCAGAGACCAGCCCUGGGGCAGCAGCCAUUGAAAGCAAACUGGGCAAGCAGAUUAAUGUCAGUAAGAGGGGAACCAUCUACAUUGGCAAGAAGCGGGGCAGGAAGCCAAGAGCAGAGCUGCCACCCCCAUCCGAAGAACCCAAAACAGCCAUCAAGCACCCCAGGCCUGUUUCUAGCCAGCCGGAUGUUCCAGCCGUGCCUUCCAACUUUCAGUCACUUGUGGCGUCUUCACCAGCAGCUAUGCACCCACUUUCAACACAGUUAGGUGGGUCAAAUGGCAACCUGAGCCCUGCCAGCACUGAAACCAAUUUUUCAGAGUUGAAAACUAUGCCAAAUCUCCAGCCCAUCAGUGCUCUUCCAACCAAAACCCAAAAGGGAAUACACAGUGGAACCUGGAAGCUGUCUCCACCGAGACUGAUGGCCAACUCCCCUUCACACCUGUGCGAGAUUGGCUCCCUAAAGGAAAUCACGCUGUCCCCUGUGAGCGAGUCCCACAGUGAGGAGACGAUCCCCAGCGACAGCGGCAUUGGGACAGACAACAAUAGCACUUCUGACCAAGCGGAGAAGAGUUCAGAAUCCCGAAGGCGGUACUCUUUUGACUUCUGCUCCCUGGACAACCCGGAGGCCAUUCCGUCAGACACCAGCACAAAGAACCGGCAUGGCCACCGGCAGAAGCAUCUCAUUGUGGACAACUUUCUGGCCCACGAAAGCCUCAAGAAGCCAAAGCACAAGAGGAAACGGAAAAGCCUGCAAAACCGCGAUGACCUCCAGUUUCUGGCAGACCUGGAGGAGCUCAUCACCAAGUUCCAAGUGUUCAGAAUCUCCCACCGGAGUUACACCUUCUACCACGAGAAUCCAUAUCCCAGCAUUUUUCGUAUUAAUUUUGAUCACUAUUACCCGGUGCCAUAUAUCCAGUACGACCCGUUGCUCUAUCUUCGUAGGACUUCAGACUUGAAGUCAAAGAAGAAGCGUGGUAGGCCUGCAAAAACCAAUGACACCAUGACAAAGGUGCCUUUUUUACAAGGGUUCAGCUACCCUAUUCCCAGUGGAAGUUACUAUGCACCCUAUGGAAUGCCUUACACAUCAAUGCCUAUGAUGAACCUUGGUUAUUACGGUCAGUACCCAGCUCCCUUGUACCUAUCGCACACGCUUGGAGCAGCCUCCCCAUUCAUGAGGCCAACAGUGCCACCACCUCAGUUCCACACAAACUCCCAUGUAAAGAUGUCCGGUGCAGCUAAGCAUAAAGCUAAGCAUGGAGUACACCUGCAGGGACCUGUUAGCAUGGGCCUCGGUGACAUCCAGCCUUCUCUGAACCCUCCCAAGGUUGGCAGUGCCAGUCUGUCCAGCAGUCGGCUCCAUAAGAGGAAACACAAACACAAGCAUAAGCACAAGGAAGACCGGCUCCUCGGGACCCAUGACAACCUGAGCGGUCUCUUUGCAGGCAAAGCCACAGGCUUCUCCAGCCACAUCCUGAGCGAGCGGCUGAGUAGUGCAGACAAAGAGCUCCCGCUGGUGAGUGAGAAGAACAAGCAUAAGGAGAAACAGAAGCACCAGCACAGUGAAGCCGGCCACAAAGCUUCUAAGAACAACUUUGAGGUGGACACCCUGUCUACACUGUCACUUUCUGAUGCCCAGCAUUGGACACAGGCCAAGGAAAAAGGAGACUUGAGCAGUGAGCCUGUGGACUCAUGCACAAAAAGAUACUCUGGCGGUGGUGGGGAUGGUGGCAGCACGAGAUCUGAGAACCUGGACGUGUUCAGUGAAAUGAACCCUUCUAAUGACAAGUGGGACAGUGACAUGAGUGGGAAUAAAAGGAGGAGCUAUGAAGGCUUUGGGACGUACAGGGAAAAGGACAUCCAGGCUUUCAAGAUGAACCGCAAGGAGAGAAGUUCUUAUGACUCCUCCAUGUCUCCAGGAAUGCCAAGUCCCCACUUAAAAGUGGACCAGACAGCAGUGCAUAGUAAGAACGAAGGCUCUGUGCCCACCAUGAUGACCAGGAAGAAGCCAGCCGCAGUUGACAGUGUUACAAUCCCACCAGCCCCCAUGUUAUCUCUCCUUGCUGCAUCCACAGCGACGUCGGACGCAGGUGAGCGCUUUUCAGAUGCUCUGGGUUCACUCCAGGCAAGACCAAUGUGGACAAAGCCCACUGAGAAUGUCCUGUUGAAUACAGUCGGCUCCUCCCUGAAGAAGAGGUUCAAGCGGCGGGAGAUCGAAGCCAUCCAGUGCGAAGUGCGGAAGAUGUGCAACUACACCAAGAUCCUGUCCACCAAGAAGAACCUGGACCACGUGAACAAGAUCCUGAAGGCCAAGCGGCUGCAGAGACAAUCAAAAACAGGCAACAACUUCGUCAAGAAGAGGCGCGGGCGUCCCAGGAAGCAGCCCACCCAGUUCGAUGAGGACUCCAGAGACCAAAUGCCGGUGCUGGAAAAAUGCAUCGACCUGCCCAGCAAAAGGGGCCAGAAGCCCAGCCUGAGCCCGCUGGUGCUGGAGCCCACCGCCAGCCAAGACACCAUCAUGGCCACCAUCGAGGCCGUCAUCCACAUGGCCCGGGAGGCGCCGCCCCUGCCCCCGCCGCCACCGCCGCCCCUGCCGCCCCCUCCACCACCACCCCUACCCCCGCCGCCCGCUCUACCCAAGACCCCCCGAGGCGGAAAGAGGAAACACAAACCGCAGGCCCCCGCUCAGCCCCCACAGCAGCCGCCCCCUCAGCAGCCCCUUCCCCAGGAAGAGGAGGUGAAAGCCAAAAGGCAGAGGAAGUCCCGAGGGAGUGAGAGCGAGGUCCUUCCCUAGGGCGGGUCUGGGCGUCUGCACCUGGGGCCUAGGGAACUGACACGUGGGAAGCGCAGUGAGCCGGGGCGGGGAUGUCAUCUCCCCGCUGCAGGGACACCCACGCCCUUCUCUCCAGAAGCUGGGCAGGCAGAAUCGGGCCAGAAGACGGGGCUGAGCCAUCCGGAGCUCUUGGGAAAGCAAAGCAGGGAGACACCUUCAGAAGAAGCUUGUCUGAGCCUCACCGCAGCUCCCACCACGCGGCGCUCCAGUGCGGCUGGAUCCUCCACAGGCCAGCAGAAGGCCCCCCCGGAGGAGCAGGCUGGUGGCGCUCUCUUGACCUCCCGCUGCCACGGUGCGCCCUCGACUCGGAUUUCAUUUGCUGGCCAGGGAAAUCGAAAGGGAAAUACCCUCAAUUAGGAAACAUUCCAAGGGAGAAAAGCUGCAGAUUGCUCAACUGGCAUUGCUGUAACCCGUUUCCAUUUAAUUGGUUUUUUUUCUUUUGGUUUUCAAGCUCUGCUAAGCUUUGGGUACCAACGUCAUCUUCGGGUGACCUGAAUCUUUCCCUUAACCGUGCAGUUUCUCAGAUGGAAUUGUGUGAUCAGAAGGUGGAAUUCUAGUGAUAGGCGACCUUAGACCCGCAUUCAUGUUCUGUGUGCCUCCUCUAUCGCACAUACACUGAUUUUUAGCACUGUCUGUUCCUACUUUUCCUUUGCCCAUUGUACUUCCAUAUGCCUUUUCAUUAACUUAUUUGCUGCCUUUUUUGUUUUUCUUGGUACACAUUUAAAUAAUGUAAUCCUUAACCUGUGCUGUAAAGUUCACCCUUGGCAUGCUGUUCCAAGAAGCUGGCUUUAAAUCCCAAUCAUUGUGAAACACUCAGUAUUGAUAAAACCUUUUUAAUAAGUGAUGCAGAGCAGCCAAGGAUAUGUUGACCCAGAUGUCAACCAGGCUAUUUUUAUACUUAAAACAUAUCAGCAGAGCAUAGGCAGAAUAAAAUGGUUUUAAGACCACACAGCAAAUGGAAUAACUGACAAACCACCAAAAACUGAAACCCCAGACCCACCAGAAAGACAAGUGUCUAGCAAUGCCUUGUUACCUGAUCUUUUUCAUACAAAUGAUUGUCAUAGGUUGUUCAAAAAAAGGAAACAAAAAGACAAUAGAAGAAGUCCAUUAUCCCUUGAAAAUUAUUUCUUAAAAGCAAGUGGGAGUAAGUGUUCUUAUUUGGAAAAAAAAGAAAAUGCUCAAAGGGUAUCACCACUUCAAUUAUAUCAAGCCACCUUGGACAAAGUAUCCAAACUGUGGUUGCCUUAAUAAACUAAAACAUUAUUGUACAUAAUGUAAUUAUAAAUCUAUCAGUCUGCAUGGAUGCAAACUGUGUGUGACAAAUCGUCUUUUAAAUGGUCAAUUUCAGCUGUACAUUUCUCAUCGAAGUUGUACUCUAGCCAUUGGUUUAGCGUCGACAGAUAUUCCAUCUCUAUUACCCAUUUCCACAGCCCGAAUAAAAUAUGUUAAGCAGGCUCAGAAUGAAUAUGAAGAAUUCCAUUUCCGUAGAUGUUUUCUAAAAGUCAGAUUGUGGAAAUUUCAAAUAAGUAUUUUCAAUUUCCUCCCUCACUCCCCCUUACCUUCCUCAAGACAUCAAACACCUGGCGUGGUAGAUUACAGAAAGAGACACUGAGAGAGAGAAUUAAAUUUUCUAAUGGUAAUUAGAAUAUCUGGUUUACCUCCAAAUUAAGUUUCUUUACAGGAAGUUGGGACCAGCUGGAAAUUGUAUUAUCACUUCAGAACACAAUAUUAUUUCCUUAGAGAUGGAUUUUUAUUGGCAACAUUAAAGAAUAAGUGAUGGGGUAUUUAUGUGAGAAAAUUUUUAAGUUCCAAGUUAAUAUGCUUGCAUACAUCACUGUUGCAUCAUGGCACCAGCAGUUGGUUGAAAUUAUCCACAUAGUCAUACUCUUCUGGUCUGUCUCCAUUGACUUCACAUCAUUUGCUGCCCACUAGUCAAUCGCAUUUAAUCCUAGCAAUAUGUAAGUUUAAAGGACUGCCUUCCCCUGUUCUUUAAAGCUUACAUCCUAGGUGCUCAGUUUAUGACCUAGGUUGACCUUUGGCAUUUCAUACAAGUUGAACAGCAAAAUCAAAGCAGCCAUUUUUAAUUCGUCAUUCCCAAGCUCUGAGUGGUUCCAAAGUCACCUGAAAGGAAGGUUUAAAUUGACCCCUCUCGCCCUCCCCCCAUUGUUAUGAAACAGCAACCAUUUUCAUUCCAAUUCAGCCAUAAAGAGGUUUCUCUUACUGGAUUUUAAAAUCAUUUCCUUCUUUCUUUCAUUUGCCCUUCUUCCUUCCUAUGUUGUGCUAUCUCUCCAACCACAUCUAUAAGCAGAAUAAACCUUCUUGCAGAGAAGGAUGAGCUGGCAGGCACUCUGCAGACUUCUUUAAUAAGGACCCAAAAUUUAAUUGACAUUAACCUCUAGUAGGUGAGAAAUUCCCAAAACACCUUUGAGUACAUUAGAAUUUCCAAACCUCUGAAAGAUAUUUCAAGAGAUUUAACAGCGCGUUGCAACUUACACGUGAACUCUGGUCUACGAUGGUCAUGUGAGUUAAAUUCGAAUCCUCUACAUAUAUGACCCUAGAUAUAGAUUGGAAUACUGCAGAGGACCAAAGCUGAGGCAUGCUAAACAGCCGCUGGAAGGCAAAAGCAAGUUCCAUCACCUACGCAACCUCCUCUCUCCACCACCCAGUUUCUCCCUCAGUAUCAUGUUAUUGUUUUCUGCUGCUUUUCACUAACCUUACUCAUCUCAUCAGUACAACCAUUUUCUGAUUCUCUAACUACCCCGAUUCCAUUAGCAUCUCCCCUCCUGUCCAAACUCAGCUCAGCAGUGGGACAGUGCAGCUUCACAGCCAGUUGGUUGCAGAGCUGGAAAGGACCCAGCUCUCCCAACCCAGAUUGUGGAGGUCUCUGGCCACCCAACACUGCCUUCUGGGGCUGCAUUUCUUUUUUAGAAGAGGUCAUUUGGGAUACAUGGUACUCCGUAUACAGCUUCACAAAAUAUUUUAUAAGAGAAAUCCUUUGAUUUUAUUUAUUUUUAUUUUGUUUUCUGGAUUACUUGCCUUCAGUAAGCAGAUAUGUGCCCACUUGUAAGGAGUCUGGUUAGUGAUAAGAAAAGGAUGAAAUCUAGAUACAAAAGCUUCCUUGAAGGUGAUGAUGGAUCUUUAAUCCACCUGACUAAGUAUCUGGAAGAGCCACUUGCUUUUCCACCCCUGAUCUCAAAUGAGAGGAGCAGAAGUUUAACUUCCUCAAAUAGCCUGGCUCUGGCUAAAACCCAAGGAAGAAAGGUCAACGGAAAGGAAAGAAAAGCAUGUCAGGGGCUGGUUUGUGACUUGGCAGGACCAGGAAUCAGCAGCCACUGACAGCUCAAAGAAGGUGACUAAGGGCUGGCAGAAGAUUAUUAGCAUGUUAACUUGGCUGCUGUCCGGAGUAGGAGGCCAUAUUCAAUGGCAGUCAGAAUUUGUGUUCUGCACAUUGCUGGGUCUAUAAAUAUGAUAAGCAAGUGGUGACAGAAUUAUAGAAUAAGGUGAUGUACUACAUGCAGAUCAUAAAGGAUUUGGUUUUAAGACUUAAGUAGAAAAUCCCACUCCUAGCUUAUUACCCAGCAAUAUUCAGAUAAUGAGCUUUUGGAGAAUAUUUUUUUUUUUCCUGUCACUAGAAAGAUUUACCUGGGAACUGUCUAAAGUCUAUAUACAUAUUUCCAAAGCCUUUAAAUACCAACCGUAGCAUAGAGAGAGAGGGGUGGCAGAAGCUGAAAUGCCUCAAAAGCCAUUUAAGUGUUACGUUGCAGGAUUUUCAGUCCUUCUCGUUAUGUAAAAGUAGAUAAAUAUAGACGUUAUUCUCAACACUACCCUAUAGUAUCACAGUGGUCCAAAUGCCAGAGCUUACAGAUAAUGUCAUCACAGUGCCUAGAAACUCGAACUGUAAUAUACCGUAGCAUUUUCUUGGUGUUUCUUAAAGUUUCUUUCCACAAUACAAGGUCCUCUCUGCCUCUUGUUUCUUGGAGAGUUCACCCCACUGAUGAGUCUUCUUUCCCUGUUGGACUCACUCAUUUGGGGAACAGUCUUAGAAGCACAUAUCAACCAAGGAAGAAACUUCCUGGAUAUCUAUUGCCCACUUGCCCAGGUAUAAUAAACACUAAGGGGGGAAAUUGAAAGGAGCUGCCAGCUGAUCAAUGCAGAAGGGCAGUUCCACCCUAGAUUGGUCUUUCUUUUUCUUCCUUUUUUAAAAAAAAAAAUCUAUUUCUUAAAUAAUAAUAAAUGCACAUGACAUGUUAAAUAUGUACAUAUAUAUUUCAAAAGAAAAAAAUGGGGCACAAGAUUGUCUUACAAGUCGUGCUGGCUAAUUUUUAGUUUGUAUUCAUAAGUGGUUUUUAAAAGCCUUUUUUAAAGUGUAAUUUGCAUGUUCUACUUUGAUUGUAUGUAAACAUAUUUUAGAACAAAAAAUGUAUUUGUAUUUUAUUGAAUAUAGAGGCAAGAAAAAUUGUACAUUGUUUGAAAUGUUCUUUUUGUAACAGUUUUUAUUCAUAAAGCAUUUUUGUACAUUUAAAAUGAACAUGGACUUGCUGUUAUUUGAGGCGUAGAUCCAUCUAGCAUGCUUACUGUCAUGCUCCCCCAUGGUCUUAGAUGUUGGGUUUUAAACAUUUUUUUCUAAAAGAAAGCUCAGUCUUUUUCGCUACCAGAUCAGGUUAGCACAGUAUACAGCACUUAACUAUUAAAAAAAAAAAAGUUAAUCCUAUUCAUAUGUUAUUCAUUGUGUGAAAUUAAAGACAUUCAAUUCAGUCUAA